AUGGUGAAACAAGAGUCAGAGUCAGCCAACCGGCCAGACAACACCGCCUUCACCCAGCAAAGGCUUCCGGCAUGGCAGCCUAUACUUUCUGCUGGAAUUGUAAUCCCAGGAUUUGUCCUCAUUGGGCUGGCCUUCAUCGGCAUUGGAGUCGCUCUCUUUGUCACUUCCAGGAGCAUCCAGGUGUUAGAGUUGGACUACACUGGGGAUAGCAACGGAUUACCAUGUUCUACCUGCGCCCAGUCAACUACAGUAAACUGCAAGUGCUCACUGAACUUCACCCUCGAUACUCUGUUUCAGGGCCCUGUGUUCUUUUAUUACGGCUUGUCAAACUACUUCCAAAACUACAGAAGAUAUGGGGCAUCCAAAGACGAUAACCAGCUAUAUGGAGACCUGAGUUACUUUACAAGCCCCAGUAGUUCCUGUUCCCCCUAUGCCUCCGACAGCAGCAGUAAACCAAUUGUGCCAUGCGGAUCAAUAGCAAACAGCAUGUUCAAUGACACCUUCACGCUGACUAGGACCGUCAAUGGGACAACAAAUAACGUGCCCUUGGAUGGAAAAGGAAUAGCGUGGUGGACAGACUACAACGUCAAAUACAGAAAUCCAAGCGUUACACCUCUGAAGAAUGCCUUCAAUGGUACUGUGAAACCCAUAAAUUGGGCCAAGCCUGCUUAUGAGUUGGACACAUCAGACCCUAGUAACAACGGGUUUGUGAAUCAAGAUUUCCUGGUGUGGAUGAGGAGGGCAGCGCUGCCAAAUUUCAGAAAGCUGUAUCGACGAAUCGAUGCAAGCGGGGAUUAUCAAAACGGUCUCCCAGCUGGAAACUACACGAUUGACGUCACCUACAACUAUCCUGUUCGGGCUUUUAAUGGGGCGAAGAAGAUUGUGUUCAGCAAUGUGUCCUGGAUGGGUGGAAAGAAUGAAUUUCUCGGCAUUGCCUACCUCGUGAUUGGUUCCCUGUGUGUUGUGAUGUCCGUAGUUAUGCUCAUUGUCUAUGCUAAAUUCAAGUUCCCCAAUGAGGAAUGA